ACAGUAUCAGAAGUUCGAGAAUGAGAUGACCAUGCCGGCGCCCGAGAAGGAGGUGGUGGGCGGGGCGACCUCCCCGGCUGGCUCCACCCCCAAUGGCUCCGUCGACCCGUCACAGCUCAACUUCCAGAUCAGUGGACACGCCCAGGAGACCAAUGGAAAACUAGCAAGCCGACAUGACGUCAUCUCAAUCGAAGAAAUGAACGGGCCAGGAGACGCACGUGAUCAGAAAGAAGAGGAGGCGUUUAAUGAAGAGGAAGAUGAGGAGAACCAGGUGUGGCAAAGGACGACCAAGUUCCUGGAGUACGACGCCGAGCAGCACGAGAUCGAGGUCGAGAUGGGCUUCGUGGACCCCUCCCACCCCCCGUCCCCGGAUGCAACCUCUAGUAGGUGUUGUCUGCGCUACAUGCAAUGGCGGACGAGGCGCUUCGUUGAACACUUCGUCGUGCGUGUGCUGACGGCGCUGCUCAUCCUGGUCGACAUGGUGAUCCUGUUCGUCGACCUGUUCAACGAGCCCGCGCCCAACGACCCCAUCGAGUACUGUUCACUCGCGUUCUCCACCUAUUUCAUGAUCGAAGUCACGCUCAGGAUAUUCGGACUCGGGCCGCAGGUGUUCUUCAGGGCCUGGCACAAUGUUCUCGACUGUUUCCUCGUCGUGUUCACCUUCAUCCUCUCCGUCGUGACCGUCUGCGUGGAGAACAUGUCGUCCAACCCCGUCAGCCUGAUCGUGAUCCUGCGACUGAUCCGUCUGGUGAGAAUCACGAGGAUCAUCUGGCAGCGAGAGGACCUCAAGAUGGGCGCGCGGCAGUUCGUGUCCCAGAACAAGAGGCGGUACCAGCAGAACGGCUUUGACCUUGACCUCACCUACGUCAUGCCGAGGGUCAUCGCGAUGUCCUUCCCGUCCAGUGGGAGGAUGUCCAUGUACAGGAAUGAUAUUAAGGAAGUGGUGCGGUUCAUGGACACCCAGCACGCGGGACAUUAUCGCAUCUACAACCUGUGUUCGGAGCGUCACUACGAUGAGUCGCUGUUCCACGGGAGGGUGGAGCGGUUCCUCAUCGACGAUCAUAACGUGCCUCCUCUGACAGACAUGUUGAGAUUCAGCGCCAGCGUGAAAGCGUGGAUGGAGAAGGAUGAGAAGAACGUGAUCGCCGUGCACUGCAAGGGCGGCAAGGGACGAACCGGCACCAUGAUCUGCGUCUUCCUCAUCGACCUGGGCAUCUUCAGGGACGCCGAGCACUGCCUGGGGUACUUCGGCGACCGGCGCACGGACAAGAACGUCGCCAAGAAAUUCCAGGGGGUCGAGACGCCGAGUCAGAGUCGUUACGUGGGCUACUACGAGCACGUGGUGAGAGCCAGGGGUCAGCUUCCCCCCGAGACGCCCCUGAUAGUGACCAAGAUCACCCUCAGGGGCAUGUACACGGUGGGGAACAGUGAUGGUUCCGAGUUCUUCCUUACUCUGGGGAGUCGUUGCCACACUAUUCCCUUCCAAGCUAAUCUGGGCUUGCAUAAGAACUGCAAGGUCACGGUAGAGAAGAGCAAAGGCCUCGUUCACAUCCAGUUAAUUAAUGCUCCAGUGGUACGAGGAGACACUAGAGUCAUGUUCUUCACGGACAGUAGGAAUAUUCCAAAAGGAUAUGAAAAUAGUCCAUUCUUCUUCUGGUUCCACACUGGCUUCAUAUCCGGAGGAAGACUUGAACUGAGUCGUCAUGAACUGGACAACCCACACAAGAGCAAAACGUGGAAUGUAUUUCAAGAAGACUUUGGUGUUACGGUUGAAUUUGAAGAGGACACGAUGACAAAAGCCUAUUAAUAAUUUCAAUUGCCAGUAACAUGUCUUGAUUUCCAUAAUGAAGUUUUAAAUUUCUGCUCUACAGGUAAAUAAAGGGAAAUCAAGUUACUUAAAUUUUGGUUUAGAAUAAAGAAAAUAAAAAUAUUGCAUUACAGAGUAGCUAAUGCCAAACUUCUUAAAAAUGGGUUGAAAUCUAAGAAUACAUUACAUAUCUUAAUUUAAUCUGCAAAUUUAGAAUGACUUAGAGAAAGCGAGACUAUGCUAGAUUAGAGUUUGCUAAACUUCUAAAUGCAGCAUCUUCGUUAACUCCUCUUAUGAGUCUUCUGCAAUAAGGCCUUUUCAAGAAAUAUAAUUACAAUAUUGAAUUAUAUUUUAGCAUAAUUCUAUUUCAGGAAAGCUAAUUUGAUUUUUGUUGUUUGCCAGAUACGAUCGUAAUUACGAUUUGUAAAUAUGGAUAUCAACUUUUUUUUACAUGGAAUGAAUUGAUUAUAAAAAAAUAUAUAUAUUUACUUGGUGCUCUUGAAAAUGAAAACAUUGCAUAAUAUGUACUGCCAACAUACCAUACAUUUGUAUUUAUUUAUGAGUGCAGUUUCUGUGACUGAGAGUAUAAACAGAACUUAUUACUCUUAAACUUACUGCUGCUGUUGAUAAAACUGAUUGAUUGCUACUGUGGGAAAAUAAUCUGUUGUCUAAGGUGCAAACCGACCUUUCAGUUUACAUUCAAAUGGUAUAUUAACAGCCAAUCUUUGCUCAGGGUAACUUUUGUAAGGCAUUUUUUACCAUCCCUAUUGAUAUUUAUGGGCAAUAGAAAUUGAUUCCAUGAAAAUAUCCAUGUAUUAUCAACAUAAUGUAUCACUGUUGCCCUAUAUAUGUUUUAUUUUAGUAACUUGGUCUUCUGUGUAGUUAUAUAUCUUUGGAUAUGUUAUGUAUUUUCAAGAAUUACCGACUCAAUUAAUUUUUGUUCAUACUGUGAUAUAUGUCCAAACUUAUAAUUUCUAUCACUAUUAUUUAUACUUACAACUAUAAUUUACAAGUAUAUACUGUUAAUUUAAUGCUUCCCUAUCUAACCCUUUUUGGAGCACUGUUUGAUUGUCUUAACCCUGUGAUAAAGAAUAUCAUGAUCAUUACAAUAUAUAUAUAUCCCAUUUUUCCUUUCAUAUUACUCUCCGAGAAUAUACCUCUGCUCUACUAUUGUACUUAUCAUCAUCAUAUUUAUGUAAAUAUGUACUAAUAUGUCAAGUUUCUCUAUGAAGAAUCGAGUGUAACAUAUUUCUACUCAUUUAGAAUGUUUCAGUGUUUUGUACCCACACAGUCUGCAUUCUUGUCCAGUUGACUUACCAUGGAUAUACACUUUAUCUUCUGUGAUUUAAUAUAAAAGCUUGGAAAAAAAGUUUUUA